AUGUCAAAUAUUGAAGCAGCUAAGGUGUACGAGGAGGUUGUGGAAGAUGUAAUUAAUGAGGUCAGACAGGACUUUGAAAAUGCAGGGAUAGAUGAACAGACUUUACAGGAUUUGAGGAGAAUAUGGCAAUUAAAGCUUAGCGAAUCACGUGUAGCUAGGUUUACUUGGGACCCUGAGACGAUUGACCAAGCGCAUCGUGGCGAUAGGGUAAAGGCGCCUGUCGGUAGUUUAACUCAAGCACAUGUGUCGACAGACAACAGCAAUGGAGCAAAUAGUAGCAAUCUGCAGAUCCCCGGAAUGAUGAUAAAAGAAGACUCUAAUGAUUUAAGUACCAUGGAGCAGGCUGCAUCUGUGAAUAACGGUUCGCAAGGCCAGGGAGACAGAGAUGACACCAAGGAGCUGAAGCAGACAAUGGAAUUAACCUUAGAUGACCCAGAAGGUGACAUAGCAGAGCAACUGAAGCAGCAGGCCAAGCAAGCCAAGAAAUCAGCACUUCUGGAGACAGACGAGAUUAACAGCGAUCUGGAUGAUUCGGAUGAUGAGUACGUGAAUUUUGGAGAAGAAGGCGAUGGUAAAGACGUGAAUAUCAUGUUGUGCUUAUAUGAAAAAGUGCUUAGGGUUAAAAAUAAAUGGAAGUGCAAUCUGAAAGAUGGGAUAGCGACCAUCAAUAACAAGGAUUAUGCAUUCCAAAAGUCGCAAGGUGAGAGUGAGUGGUAA